CUGCCCGCCGCGGUGCCGGCGCGGUUGGUGGCGUUCGGCGCCCUCGUGUGAUGUGAGCGUCAUGGUGGGGAUGCUGCUGGCAUCGCGGCGGUGAGAGAGAGAGAGAGAGAGAGAGAGAGAGAGAGAGAGAGAGGGAGAGAGAGAGAGCGAGCGAGCGAGCGACGGUGACAACGAACCAGGGGCGGAAGACGGACCAGUUUUCGGAUCGCUUUCUUUCGUCUCUCGCUCUCCUCCUCACCCUCCCCACCUCCUCACCUCCCCGCCCCUCCGUAUAUUUUGCUCGUGGUUUUUUUUUUUUUGCAUAUUUAAAAAUCUCUUGGACUCCCAUCCUCUCCCCCACCACCGAAGUCUUCCCGUCUCUAAAUGGAAUUAGUGGAGAUCGGAGCCUCUGGUGUAGCGCACAGACAUGAUCCAUGGACGCAGUUUGUUUCACAUUGUAGCAAGUUUAAUCAUUCUCCAUUUGUCUGGGGCAAUCAAGAAAGGUACAGAGAAGCAAACCACCCCAGAAACACAGAAAUCAGUGCAGUGUGGAACUUGGACAAAACAUGCCGAGGGAGGUGUCUUCACCUCUCCCAAUUAUCCCAGCAAGUACCCUCCAGACCGGGAGUGUGUCUACAUCAUAGAAGCUGCCCCAAGGCAGUGCAUUGAACUUUACUUUGAUGAAAAAUACUCUAUUGAACCUUCUUGGGAGUGCAAAUUUGAUCACAUUGAAGUUCGAGAUGGACCUUUUGGCUUUUCUCCAAUAAUUGGACGUUUCUGUGGACAACAAAAUCCACCUGUCAUAAAAUCCAGUGGGAGAUUUCUAUGGAUUAAAUUUUUUGCUGAUGGAGAGCUAGAAUCUAUGGGAUUUUCGGCUCGAUAUAAUUUCACGCCGGAUCCUGACUUUAAGGACCUUGGCGUUUUGAAACCAUUACCAGCGUGUGAGUUUGAGAUGGGCGGCUCUGAAGGCAUUGUAGAGUCCAUACAGAUUCUGAAGGAAGGAAAAGCUACUGCCAGCGAGGCCGUGGAUUGCAAGUGGUACAUCCGAGCCCCGCCGCGUUCCAAGAUUUACUUAAGAUUCUUGGACUACGAGAUGCAGAAUUCAAACGAAUGCAAGAGGAACUUUGUGGCUGUGUACGACGGCAGCAGCUCGGUGGAGGAUUUGAAAGCCAAGUUCUGCAGCACAGUAGCGAACGACGUGAUGUUGCGCACAGGCCUCGGCGUGGUCCGCAUGUGGGCGGACGAGGGCAGCAGGAACAGCCGAUUCCAGAUGCUUUUCACAUCCUUUCAAGAACCUCCGUGCGAAGGCAACACCUUCUUCUGCCACAGCAACAUGUGUAUUAACAACACGCUGGUCUGCAAUGGGCUCCAGAACUGUGUGUACCCUUGGGAUGAAAAUCACUGUAAAGAGAAGAGGAAAACGAGCCUGCUGGAUCAGCUCACCAACACCAGCGGGACUGUCAUCGGCGUGACUUCCUGCAUUGUCAUCAUCCUUAUUAUCGUUUCUGUCAUUGUGCAGAUCAAACAGCCCCGUAAAAAAUACGUGCAAAGGAAGUCAGACUUUGACCAGACCGUUUUCCAGGAGGUGUUUGAGCCUCCUCACUAUGAGCUAUGCACGCUCAGAGGGACCGCAGCGACAGCUGACUUUACAGAUGUGGCUGAAGACUUUGACAAUUACCAUAAACUGCGGAGGUCGUCUUCCAAAUGCAUUCAUGACCACCACUGUGGAUCCCAACUAUCCAGCGCAAAAGGCAGCCGCAGUAACCUCAGCACAAGGGACGCCUCCAUCUUGGCAGAGAUGCCCGCGCAGCCGGUCAAGCCCCUCAUCCCUCCCAUGAACAGAAGAAACAUCCUCGUCAUGAAACACAAUUACUCCCAAGAUGCUACAGAUGCCUGUGACAUUGACGAAAUAGAGGAGGUGCCCACGACGAGCCACAGGCUGUCCAGACACGAUAAAGCCGUCCAGCGGUUCUGCCUCAUUGGGUCUCUAAGCAAACACGAAUCUGAGUACAACACAACUAGGGUCUAAGUUCAAGCUAAUCUCUUCAAAGCUCUUCAAGCCUAUCAACUAUUCUUGAAGUAGGAGAAUGCAUUUCCAUGCUAUUACCUUGAUAAAUUGGUGUGUUUUUAUGCAUUUUUUUCAUUGGGAGAAAAUGUUUUAACUGUGUUUUAUUUUCAGAGAAGAACUAUUUAUACAAACAUGGGGACUGUGAAAAGAAAAUUCUAUAGUGAUUUGUGAAAAGUGGACAUAUUUCUAAAUUCAUUCCACUGCCUUUAUUCAAACUUAAGAAUUACAGACAUUUGUUAUUCCUUCAGCAAGACAUCCCCGCUGCACAAUGAUAUGUUCAUUUCGUAAUUUGGUUGCUGGUCACCAAGUGCGCCUUAGUUUUUAAAUACAUUCUGAGAUUUACUGGAAACUUGAAGAAGAAAUUAGUUCCUGAUUAUAAGACUACCCCAAUGUUAUUUCUAUUGUCAGUUUCACUUUUGUUUCUAUGUUGUUAUGUCUCUGUGAUAUAAUUGUACAUGGUGUGAUCUGUGAACAACAAAAAAUCCACAACUUUGGAUGAACCUUGUGUUAUAUGUACAUUGUUUUCAUUAUAUAGACUGCUUGAGAAUAGUGCGUUCCUGGGUGAUUUUGAACAUACUUCAGUGAAAAGUGAAAAUGUGGACCAUGGAAACACCAGCUAGAGGUUCUAUGGACUAUACAUAUCUGUUAUUUUAUUAUGGAUAAAUGCAGCAAAAAGUAAUGAUAAAAACAUCACUAGAUUGCAAUAAGAAAAUCUCAGUUUUUGCUCUUUUUUCUAUAUCCCUCAUUUUAUUUGUUUAAUAUCAUGGGAAGAUACUGAGUUUCAGAUUUUUUUUUUUUUUUUUUUUUGGAAUCAAGUGUUUUACCAUCCACACCCUACAAUAGAAAUGUGUUUGAUUAAGCACUUAGCAAUAUGACUGAAUUGACAGUUUGAGAAAAUUUCCUUGCAUGUCUGUACUGGAUAUUUAAGUUGGUAAAAUACCCUCUUUAUUAGACACAUUGUAAAAAGCAUGCAUUCUCAAAUAUUGCUGUUACUCUUCCAUUUCUUUGUGUCAUAUGCUUGCUACUUGUAACUUUUAUAUAAAUAUAUAUAAAAUGUAUGAUAAUUUUCUAAUUUGAGUUAAGAGAAAUGUUUUUUUUUCUAUUGGAGUGAUUAAAAAAUCAUGUUACAUGAGAACACAAUUUAGUUAUAUCAACUCUUCCCACCUCUUAAGAGUACAGAAUUUUUUUAAUAUUGCAGUUUACUUUCUCAAUUAGUUGAUUUCUGAAAUUUCAUGAAUAUGUUCUCCAUUUGGAAUCAAAAUGUCUUUUGAAGUUCUCCAAAAUCAUCAGCCUUUUGAUGACCCAAACCGCGUCACUCAGUUACUCAGCACACAAUGACACCUGCAGGCUACGGAGCUGUGUAUCACACAGAAUGUCAUAAGAUGCAGUAAGGGCAGAUAAGUCCUGUUGGCUUGUACAGACACCCUGUAAAGUUUGACUGAGUGCUUUCCCAAGUACUGAAUUUCUACUGUUAGAAAAUUUAAGCUUAGCAACUACAGUUACUCUAAAUCUGGUUAUCAACAUUUCCCCAACUGUUGAAACCUACAGACUAAAAGACUUCUAACUUUGAAAUGGCAAAAAAAUCUGGUCUACUAUAAUUUGAGCAUUUUUUUACACUCCAAAUGAAAAAUCACUGUCUAAUAUCCUGAUAAGAAGUGUAUUUCAUAAAAGCUUCUAAAAUGGGUUGGAAAACAACAUCAUUAUUGCAAAAUCUGAAAAAUUUGAAAAGUUAUCACCUUACAAAAGUGAUAACUUCUGUGAGUUGUCAUCAACUGCCAAUUGGAAAACAAACACAUUGAGCGUGAUAAAUAGUUUUCAUUACUAUGCUAUAGAGUUUAUAAACACAUUAUGUAUGAUAAAAGUAUAUACUUUUCUGUUUGGCUGAUUUCUUUAAUAUUAUUGUUAAUUUAAAAUCCAUUAAUUAAAUUAGGAUGAGGAUUAUUUUUCAAAGAUUGGCCGUAUUUCUCUCAUUUUUCUUUUUUUGUUAAUCUUUAUUGGGCAUCUUUAUCUCUGAAUGAACAAUCAUAAUAACAUGACACAUACAUCUAUAUGUACAUAUAUAUGUCAAAACUUUUUAUUUCUUUUUUUUUAAUUAUUUAUUUAUUUAUUUGAGAGCGACAGACACAGAGAGAAAGACAGAUAGAGGGAGAGAGAGAGA